CUUCAAUUCAAAAGUUACUGUAUCAUCAGGUUCUGCACGACCUCCAUGGCUCUUGUAGAGCUUCUUGCGUCCACGGCGAUACGGUGUUGGUCUUCUCUCGAGUAAAUAAUCCUUCUCACGUAUUCAGUGGAAAUUGACGGGUCAUCCGCUCAACAGUGUAGCGGGGAGAUGGUUUCGAAGUCUCCGUAGGCAUCUUGCUUGUCACGGCUGGAGAGUUCGCUGCUUGGUUGAUGUGGCUGGGCCUGAAUUUGGAGGUGUCGCUGUUGAGCUGGAGCCACCGUCUCGCAUCAUCUUACGCGCCUGUCGAAGGAGAUAUCCUUUGCGGUUGUGCUCCUUCUUCUCCGUGUUCGACGCCGAGAAUCCCUUCGGAUACACUGCAACGUACAGGUUAAACGCACGCAGCAUUAAAGGAUAUAGAGCGGUUUGUGUGCACCUGGUUGCAUGCGAUCGGUAGUCUGGGUGGUCGUGCUUGGUGGGUUGAGUACCGGCCAAUCCUGUGAACCUUGAGCUCGUUCAAGCUCACUGUUCUGACUGGGGUUUCGACUGCGUGGAAGGUUGACCUCUGGAGUCUGGAAUCGCUCAUUAAUAUGUUGGAGAGGGGAUUUCGGUGCAGCUUGGCGCUUGCUUUCCUUGUCGUCACGUCCAAGGACGGCAACUGGAUACGGAGGCAAGAAUGGUGACCCACUGUGCGAGUCUUCCCAUGUGGGUGGCAGCAUUCGUGCGCCGUGUUGUCCUGGAAGUCGGAGUGGGAAGCGAUUGUAUCCGCACCACAUUUCGACCGCGUUUUGAGUGUCUGAGCUAGGUCCAGGAUGCACCUGCACUAAACCAGAAGGCAACAUGACUACGUGCGGGUAGUACGGGCUCCAAAUGUCUGGAUUGACAGUGCAGGCAUCCGUUCUGGUAUCAAUUCCGGUCUGCGCAGGCAGUGGCCUAAGUCCGUGCAUGACGAAGCCCACAGUCUCCGGUCGAGGCCACCGCACUUCGCCUGUGUAGCUAUGCAGGUAGUAAACCAAGUUGUGCUGUCGAUCGUGGAACAAUUGCCAUCCAAAUGCGUCAUUUUCACGCGACCUAGUAGCGAAGAUGUUAAGUGGCUAUGACACUGAUAACGGAGCCCAUAGAAGUCGGUGGAAGCUCAAAGCAACGUUAUCGCAAUGCGGAUGACCUCAGGACGCAGUCAGCUAACUCUCUUUACCACUACGUACCCAGAUCGAGAGCGAACAGGCUUCAUAUUGGCCAUCUCCGCGUGUGUCUUGAGUUUGUGCUUUUUCUUUUUGGUGCUUGGGUUUCUUAUUUGCCUUUGACAGGCAACUUUGUCAAAUGACGUGCGUAUCAAACCUGCAAGUUGAAGUGGCAUACAAACCCAUAGAUAGAGGGUUUGCCGCGAAAGGACGUUCAAACUGGGGCAAACAUCAAAGGCAACAUGCCAACAUCGUCGGCAAGCGGCACUGUUGCCUCCAUCCGCAGCGACCGAAGCAGACCGGGGUCGAGUGUAACUAGCCAUGGUGCUAAGGAGGAGGAUCAUUUUGAUGAGAAUGAAGGUCGUGAUCUGACCAAGACAGUGAAGCUGGCGACGGUGACGUCGACGGAUCGAUCGACUUACCACGGAGAAGUCAACGGUGACGGUGUUCCUGAUGGCCUGGGGGUUCUGCUCUCGGUGUUUGGAUCGACGUAUUCCGGUGCGAUGAAGAAUGGCAAGAAGAAUGGCGAAGGAGUGGAGUUGCAGACGAACGGAGCCACUUACUCUGGAGAGUUUCACGACGGCGUAGCGAGUGGAUACGGCGUUUACGUUGGAAUACUAGGGGACAAGUACAUCGGGCAGUGGGUAGACGGCUCUCGCCAUGGCGUUGGUGUGAGCGUGGACGCAGAAGCUGUCAUGACCGCAGCACAUUUCAACAUGGACGAACCGGAGCUCGCAAGCGCAGUGAGUUUAUCAUGGGAAGCAGACGUGCAGCUCCAUGUUCUCCGUGCUGUUCUCGCCGAGAACGCAGCGAUACGUAACCAAGAAAUCGCUAGACAACGUCACGUUGAUGCUGUCGUCCAGGAAAUGACGACCAUCGGUAAGCUCUACGUGUUGUUGUGCCGCUAUAGCAGAUCGCUCUCCCUUCUCACCGAAGUUUCUUUCGCGGCGUCGUAGGAUUUGAGACUUUCAACACAACCGAGGAAAUCGAAGCGUUCGAGGCGAAAGAUGAGCUGGAAACUGUGGAGUUUAUUCGUGACCAAAGCAAACAGAUGCACGAGGUCAACGCUGUCGCCGGCGAGCUCAAGUUCACGGAGGCGCAGCUUACACAGCGCCAAAAGGAGCUACGAGCCGAGAUCACCGCCAAGCGGCAGGAAUUAUCGUUAGUAGCCAAGUAUUGCGCGCUUGCCGAGACACGCGAGGCCCAGGUACGAGAGGCAGAGCGCACACUGGCCACCUUGCAGCGGCAGCUGGAUGUGCUCAACAGUGAAAGUGCUUGAAUGCUACGUACUUACAAAUUUAAGCCAAUGAAGAAGCAGUAAGACUCGUUUUAGCCAAUGAAAAAGGGUAUAAGCUCGGUGAGAUAACGGUCACAAGAAACGGCAGU